GUCCACCACCCCUUUAAGGAAAUGAGCACAUCCUGUUAUUUUAUUCGAGUCUUCCUGCAUAAAGGUUCAUACAUGAGAUCAGUGUUCACUGAGACAAGCAAAGAGCUCGCAGUGGACUAAAGGACCAUGUCUCCUCACGUGUCCUCACCUCGAAUAAGGCCAAUAUGGAGCCCCACUUUUUGGGGUGCCUGUGUGGUUUUGAUGUUUGCUCGGGUGCAGGCGCUCGUUCCGAGUGAAGCCACUCCUCCAAAGCGCUCAGAAGAACAACGUGGUGUGGGCGACACCCCCCUCUUCCCAGGAGUCCUGACCACACCGUUAACCACAACAAGUGUCAGCGUUGAAGAGAGAACAGCAUUAAGCCCAUGUGAAGAAUACUGCUCUCUGUGUGAGGAGUUUCAACUACCCAAGGUCAAGUGCUACUCUCAAAUUCUGCAAUUCUGCAGAACAAAUUUCCAGAUCGAGAUGGAGACCAUCAACGCCACCGAGUACUGCAUGUGGGAAAGAGUGAAAAGCCCCUAUAACAGGUUCUCCGUGUGUUCGGAGGACGUCGCAGAGUGCCUGAAGCUCCCCUGGCCCAACAGACUGGUGGAGGAGAUGUUUGUGGAAAUUCAUUCCUCCUUUUUCCAGGAUUGUCCCACUGAGAACCUCAGGGAUCCACCCCCUAACAUCAUCUUCGCCCUCGUCAUGACCCCUAUAUGUCUUAUCCCAGCCAUGGUGGUGCUCGUUGUGCUAAAGACCAAGAACGGAGACAGAAGGUCAUAAAGCUUGGCCCUGUCUUAACAGAUUAGGUCCAUCUGCCUUCUUCCUGGAAAAAAAAACUGGCACUAAUGUCUUCUGCUUUUAUACAUGAAGAUCUUUCUGUGCAUCGAAAAAUGUUUCCAUGCACCUGCUUCAAGAAUUCCAAAAUAUUGUGAGACAAAAUGUCAACAUGCAAGAAUCCAUGAGAAAAUUGUCUCUGGAUUUGAAUUAAUGGUGGUUAGGUUCCUGGGAACAGAAAUCAUAUUGACAAAAUGGCUUUAUACAUGUCAACCUUUCAAUUUAUGGUAGCUGGGUAUUGGCUUUUGCUUAGACAAAAGUGUAAGAUAAAUCGAAUAACUUUAUUGGGUAAGAUAAAUUCUUGGGUCGGACCACCACUAAUGAUUUUUGUUGCCUGGAAACCCAUCCAGUGAAGCUAAACUGUGGUAUCAUAACAUACACUAUAUGGACAUUAUAUUAGGGCACCUGACUGCAGUUUUUCACCAAACUGUUACCACAAAGUUGAAGGCACACACUUGUGUAGGACGUCUUUGAAAGCUGGAGCAUUCCAUUUUCCCCUUCACUUCACCAAGUAGGAGCCCCUGCACUGUUCCACCAUGACAAUGCUCUGUGCACAAAUCCAGCUCCAUGUACAGUAGAUAUACUUAUCAUAGGUUGGAGUGGAAGAUCUUCUGAUUUUGUGCUAUAGUGGGGACUAAAUGUGGAAUAAGAUGUUCAAAAAACAUACAUAUUUUAUAGUUUGGUGUCCACAGAUAUCUGUUUAUAUAGUGUAUUUUAGGAUCUCACAUGUUCUGACAAUUAAGAGAAUCCAUCUUUUUUUUUUAUGUUACUUCGUUAUAUUCUGAAAUCCUGCCCAUGAUGGAAUUAACAUUUUAAUGUUGAGUGCUGGUCCACCUCUCUUAUUAACACCAUUAUAAGCCACUGAAGCCUUACUCCAUGUACUGUAAGUCUUUUUUGUUAUCUUUGUAGUUCAUAUUUUAUAUAUGAGUGUCAGUCGAGUGACAAAGGCCAAUUUGCUGGCUCGACCGAAUCGCGUUUGUAUUUUUUCUUUUUUUUUUUUUUUCCUUUUUGAUUUUAUGACCCAAGUCAUAACCAAUGACUAUUGUUUUUUUUUUCCUUCUACUUCUUUCUUUUAUGAGUAAUAGGACGACGAGAAUUUCACCCAUUAUUUCUUUUAUAUUUAGACUGUAAUAAUCAUCUAUUACUGAUUACAAGAUGGAAAAAAAAGAAAAAUAAGAAAGUGCAGUUGAAAUAGUUUUAUCAAUACUUCCUCUACACAAAUAAAUACACACUGAGAACGUUCGAUCAAAUUCAAGAGACUUGGUGAAUUGGAGGUCGCGAUAAACGUAAUGUUCGAGUUUCCCUCAGAUUCCGGUAGCUAGACGAAUGUUUCCGAUCAGUUCAGAAACCUCUGCUUUAGCUUUGCUCUAUUAUUCUUUAUGUGCAUGGCUUUGGAUUAGACAGUAAAAGAAAGAGCUGUUGUUUGUUUGGAUUCAUUUGAAAACCCUGCAAAUCUCAGGGAAAAAAAAAAAGCAUUGGCAUUUAGUUUUAUUAAACACUUGCAAUAAAUGUGCAAAAGAAGUGAGCUCUAGAAAGCGUCAGACUAUUGAUUGGGAAGGUCAUAAGUUCAUAUCCCAGCACCACCAAGCUGCCACUGCUGGGCCCUUGAUUAAGGCCCUUACUAAUUAGUUGUGUAAGUAAGAUAAUUUUAAGCUGCUCUGGAUAAGGACAUGUGCCAAAUGUCGCAAAUGUCAGACUGGGGCUGAUUUCUUUCUAGCUCAGACUGUAGAUUUAUCCAUUCAUCCAGUCAAAUGACUUUCUCAAUCACUGACUCUUUAUGCUUGGAUUGGAUUCUAAUUCAUUGUCAUAGGAUUAGAAGCAAAAUGGCAGAGCAACGAAAGAGAGAGAAAAAAAAAGCAUGAAUCCUAUCAAUUAGUCAAUUAGUUUUAGUGCCAAAUCCAUGUGACGCAAAUAUAUAGAACAAAAUGGGUGGAAUUUCUUUUAAGGAGCAAUCGAACAGCUCAGUGUAUCGAUGUAUGUAUAUAUUUUAUGACAAUGCAAUGUUCUGUCUCUCAGCAGCUAAUUGAAUGUUUAAAGGUUUUAAAGUUUUAUUGGUUUUAGUUCAACCACAGAUCCCACAACUGCCCCUUGCCAGGUUAUCCAGCCAGAGGAUAUACCCUGACUACUCUACUCAUCCCUGUGCCCAGGUUAUCUCAUUUCAUAAGAGUUUUUGGACCUUUGGUGUAACAUCCUGAGUGAUUUAGCGCUGUAGAGGUGAGGGGUUAAAGGUCAGAGAGGUAGCGUGGGAGCACUGGUAAAUGGAAAAGCAGCUGGAAUGAAGGCUGUGUGAAUCUAAUGAAAAUGUCUUAAAUGACAGUUUUCGACUGCAAAAAAAAAAAAUGCAAGAAAGGUUGUUUAUGCGUAUAUUGUUUUACCGUUUUUGUAAUGUAACAGGAAACGUAUUUGUAUACUUUGCACAUUUAGUUGUUGUCGUCGUCGAAUGACUAUGAAAGUGUGUAUUUUUGAGUCUGGUGGUGUUGUUGAGCUGCUCUGUCCUGUGGUAUGGCCUCACUAACAAUCUGUGAAUCAUUUUAUACUGUUCCUCUGGAAGCACUUAGACAUCCAAUUAAACAGUGUCUUUUAAA